ACCGCUAUAAAUUCAUCAAGUUUCCUUUCCGGCUGUUCCUGAGACCACAUCUGGGGAAACUUUCUUCCAUGGCUCAGGACACAGUCCUGGGCAGAGCCGGCAGGAAAGUUUCUGGUAAGUAUUUGGCUCACAUUUCAAAACCAAAGAUGGCGACUUGUUACAGCCCAGUGAUGUUUCCUCCUUGCAGUCUUCUGGGUUUUUGAUAGUUUAGUUCUCUUCAGGGUGGACUUUUAAAAACACGUUCCUCACCCAUAUGCUGUUUUCACCACCGGACUUCCCAGUGUGGACGUAUGCCCAAGCUGCCUGACCAGGGCUGCAGGAGAGCAUGGCAGGCGUCCGCUGCAAGCUGGCGCGCUACCUGGAGGACCUGGAGGACGCAGACCUGAAGAAAUUCAAGAUGCACUUGGAAGACUAUCCUCCUCAGAAGGGCACCCCGCUCCCUCGGGGUCAAACAGAGAAAGCAGAUCCUGUGGAUCUCGCCACCCUGAUGAUUGACUUCAACGGGCAGGAGAAGGCGUGGGCCAUGGCAGUGUGGAUUUUUGCUGCGAUCAACAGGAGAGACCUCCACGAGAAAGCUAAGAGGGAUGAGCCAGAGUGGGAUCAUUCGCAUGUGAUAUGCCAAGAAGAAAGUGUUGAAGAGGAAUGGAUAGGUUUACUGGGGUACCUCUCCAGAAUCUCUAUUUGUAAAAAAAAGAAAGAUUACUGUAAGAAGUACAGAAAGCACGUGAGAAGCAGGUUCCAGUGCAUCAAAGACAGGAAUGCCCGUCUGGGCGAGAGCGUGAACCUCAACAAACGCUACACCAGGCUGUGUCUCGUCAAGGAGCACCGCAGCCAGCAGGAGAGGGAGCACGAGCUCCUGGCCAUCGGCAGGACCUCGGCCAAGACGCGGGACUGCCCCAUGAGUUCCAUGAACCUGGAGUUGCUGUUCGAGCCCGACGACCAGCACUCGGAGCCCGUGCACACGGUGGUAUUCCAGGGAGCAGCGGGCAUUGGGAAAACGAUCCUGGCCAGGAAGAUCAUGUUGGACUGGGCGUCCGAGAAACUUUAUCGAAACAGGUUUGACUACUUGUUCUAUAUACACUGUCGGGAGGUGAGCCUCGGGACGCGGAGGAGCCUGGGGGACCUGAUCAUCAGCUGCUGCCCUGACCCAAAGCCGCCCGUAGGCAAGAUUCUGAGCAAGCCUUCUAGGAUCCUCUUCCUCAUGGACGGCUUCGAUGAGCUGCAAGGCGCCUUCGAUGAGCACACGGAGGCGCUCUGCACGGACUGGCAGAAGGUGGAGCGGGGAGACAUUCUCCUGAGCAGCCUCAUCAGAAAGAAGCUGCUUCCUGAGGCCUCCCUGCUCAUCACCACGAGACCUGCGGCCCUGGAGAAACUGCAGCACUUGCUGGACCGGCCCCGUCAUGUGGAGAUCCUGGGUUUCUCGGAGGCCAAGAGGAAGGAAUAUUUCUUUAAGUAUUUCUCAGAUGAGCAGCAGGCCAGGGAAGCCUUCAGGCUGAUUCAGGAGAACGAGAUCCUCUUCACCAUGUGCUUUAUCCCCCUGGUCUGCUGGAUCGUGUGCACCGGGCUGAAACAGCAGAUGGACAGUGGCAAGAGCCUUGCCCAGACGUCCAAGACCACCACCGCGGUGUAUGUCUUCUUCCUCUCCAGUUUGCUGCAAUCCCGAGGAGGGAGCAAGGAGCACCAAGUCUCUGCCAUCCUCCGUGGUCUCUGCUCAUUGGCUGCAGAUGGAAUCUGGAACCAGAAAAUCCUGUUUGAGGAGUGUGACCUCAGGAAGCACGGCCUGCAGAAGGCGGAUGUGUCUGCUUUCCUGAGGAUGAACCUCUUCCAGAAGGAAGUGGACUGCGAGAAAUUCUACAGCUUCAUCCACAUGACCUUCCAGGAGUUCUUUGCUGCCAUGUACUACCUGCUGGAGGACGAGGAGCAGGGCAGGACAAGGAGUGUGCUGUGGAGUCGCUCGAAGCUUCCGCACCGGGACGUGAGGGUCCUUCUUGAAAACUACGGCAAAUUCGAAAAAGGGUACCUGAUUUUUGUCGUCCGUUUCCUCUUCGGCCUUGUAAACCAGGAGAGAACCUCCUACUUGGAGAAAAAACUGAGUUGCAAGAUCUCUCAGCAAAUCAGGCUGGAGCUGCUGAAAUGGAUCGAAGUGAAAGCAGAGGCCAAGAAGCUGCAGCCCCAGCCCAGCCAGCUGGAGCUGUUCUACUGCCUCUACGAGAUGCAGGAGGAGGACUUCGUGCGGAAGGCCAUGGGCUAUUUCCCCAAAAUCGAGAUCAGUCUCUCCACCAGAAUGGACCACGUGGUUUCUUCUUUUUGUAUUGAGAACUGUCGCAGUGUGGAAUCACUUUCCCUGAGGUUGCUCUACGACUCGCCCAAGGAGGAGGAGGAGGAGGAGGAGGAGGAGGAGGAGGAGGGAGUUCGACACUCUGACGUGGACUGUUGUGCCCUCCCGGAGGCUGCCUACUCUCCUCGAUCGGCGAACUGCUACCUCACUCUCAGCUUUUGCCAGAGCCUCUUCUCGGUCCUGAGCACCAACUGGAGCCUCACUGAACUGAACCUCAGUGACAACGCUCUGGGGGACUCAGGGAUGAAGGUGUUAUGUGCAAUGCUCCAGCAUCCUGGCUGUAACAUUCAGAGAUUAUGGCUGGGGCGGUGCUGCCUUUCCCAUCAGUGCUGCUUCAACAUCUCCUCGGUCCUGAGCAGCAACCAGAAGCUGGUGGAGCUGGAUCUGAGCCACAACAGCCUGGGAGACUUCGGAAUCAGACUUCUGUGUGUGGGACUGAGGCAUCUCUUCUGCAAUCUGAAGACGCUCUGGUUGGUCAAUUGCUGUCUCACAUCGGCCUGUUGUGAGGAUCUUGCGUCCGUCCUGAGCACCAACCAGGCCCUGACCAGACUCUACUUGGGGGAGAAUGCCCUGGGAGACUCAGGAGUUGGAAUUUUAUGUGAGAAAGCAAAGCAUCCACGAUGUAACCUGCAGAUACUGGGGUUGGUGAAUUCUGGCCUUACCUCGGGCUGCUGUCCAGCCCUGUCCUCCGUGUUCAGUACCAACCAGAAUCUCGUGCAACUUUACCUGCGGGGCAAUGCUCUUGGAGACACAGGGGUCAAGCUGCUCUGUGAGGGGCUCUUGCACCCCAACUGCAAGCUGCAGAUGUUGGAAUUAGACAGCUGCAGCCUCACCUCACACUGCUGCUGGGAUCUGUCCACACUGCUGACCUCCAACCAGAGCCUGCGUGAGCUGAGCCUGGGCAGCAAUGACCUGGGUGAUCUGGGGGUCAUGCUGCUCUGCGAAGUGCUGAAACAGCAGGGCUGCCUCCUAAAAAGCCUGGGUCUGUGUGAAAUGUAUUUCAAUUAUGAGACCAAAUGCGCGUUAGAAACACUGCAGGAAGAAAAGCCCGAGCUGACCGUUGUCUUUGAGCCCUCGUGGUAGCGACGGAGCAGGGCCGCCAGACGCCCAUGUUCCUGGCCCCGCCAUGCGGUGUGGACCAGAGCAAGAGGCUCCUCCAUCAGGGUUAGACCAGCGCUCCGAGAUUCUUCUGGUCUGUGUGGGAGACGAAAGCCUGCAGAUGGUGCUUUGCAGAGAGAGCGUGAGCAUCUCCUUUGACACUGGGUUGAAGACAAGAAGGCAACAGAAUUGUCCAGAUGAUCCAGUUCUCAUCACAGCGCCUUCUCAGACGGUGUGUUCCUCUCGGUGACCUCGUGUAACUCAUUACGUAAAGCACUGUGUGCUUUCUUCUCAAAAUCUCCUUCCCUCAGCUCUUUUCCCUCUUUUUGUUCUGUUUAUUUUGCCCACAUCACCACUCCUGCCAUCUUGCUCUUAACUGACUGUAAAUAGGGUGAGUUAACUGUAUAUUAUGUUGCAAUUUUGUGGCAGCAACUUAUUUAUUUUUGUAACAGUUUUAUUUUCUAAUAAAAUAAUUCAUUUUUAUUGUAGUUGGUUGACAAUUCAGAAGAUAUAAAAACUUUGUUGUAUUUAUUGAGUUAAAUUGUUUCCUUUCCUUAAUUUUAAAAAAU